UGGGUCCUUGCUCCAGCGUCGUCCAACGUGUGUCCCCGGUGUGACUUCUGUCGGUUCAGUGCUUCGUCAUGUCCCGGUGUCUCGCUCUCGCUCGGUUCGCUGUUGGUUUAUCUGCACGAACCGGACCACGGUACCAGCUAUGCGCGCGAGGUCUGAGUGGCAGAAGCGCCCCGCGCCCACUUGCUGCAGCCCUGCAGGAGAAAUGGAGCGUCCGCCCCACAGUCUGGAGCAGUGGUCGGUCCUGCCUGAGUGUGAGCCAGCGCUCGCACUACAGCACCCAGGAGGCGGAGAAGGAACCUGAAGAGGAGCCACUGCACAGCAUCAUCAGCGAUACAGAAUCUGUGCAAGGAGACUUCUCCAAACACGAGUUCCAGGCAGAGACGAAGAAGCUGCUCGACAUUGUUGCCAGGUCUUUGUACUCGGAGAAAGAGGUUUUCAUCAGGGAGCUGAUCUCGAACGGCAGUGACGCUCUGGAAAAACUGCGCCACAAACUGAUGACUGCUGGCGGAGCCACUUCAACCAUGGAGAUCCACCUGCAGACCGACGCCGCCAAGGGAACCUUCACCAUCCAGGACACUGGAGUGGGGAUGAACCAGGAGGAGCUGGUGGCAAACCUGGGCACCAUCGCCCGCUCUGGCUCCAAAGCCUUUCUAGACGCCCUGCAGAACCAGGCCGAGGCCAGCAGCUCCAUCAUCGGCCAGUUUGGUGUCGGCUUUUAUUCCGCCUUCAUGGUGGCGGACCGCGUGGAUGUUUACUCCAAGUCCGCUGAGCCCGAUGCCCCUGGGUACAAGUGGUCUUCAGACGGCUCCGGGGUGUUUGAGAUCGCAGAGGCCAGCGGCGUCCAGCAGGGAACCAAGAUCGUCCUGCACCUCAAAGAGGACUGCAAAGAGUUUUCCGCUGAGGACAGGGUCAAAGAUGUCGUCACCAAGUACAGCAACUUUGUUAGCUUCCCUAUUUACCUGAACGGACGGCGGCUCAACACUCUGCAGGCUCUGUGGAUGAUGGAUCCGAAGGAGAUCGGCGAGUGGCAGCACGAGGAGUUCUACAGAUACGUGGCCCAGGCCUACGACAAGCCGCGCUACACGCUGCACUACCGCGCCGACGCGCCGCUCAACAUCCGCAGCAUCUUCUAUGUCCCGGAGGGGAAGCCGUCCAUGUUCGACGUGAGCCGGGAGAUGGGUUCCAGCGUGGCGCUGUACAGCAGGAAGGUCCUGAUCCAGACCAAAGCCACCGACAUUCUGCCCAAGUGGCUGCGCUUCCUGAGAGGUGUGGUGGACAGCGAGGACAUCCCGCUCAAUCUGAGCCGAGAGCUGCUGCAGGAGAGCGCCCUCAUCAGGAAGCUGCGUGACGUCCUGCAGCUGCGAGUCAUUCGCUUCCUGCUGGACCAGAGCAAGAAGGAGCCUGAGAAGUACAGCAAGUUUUUCGAGGACUACGGCCUCUUCAUGAGGGAGGGCAUCGUCACCACGCAUGAGCAAGACGUCAAGGAGGACAUUGCCAAGUUGCUCAGGUUUGAGUCUUCGGCGCUCCCUGCGGGUCAGCAGACCAACCUCAUCGAGUACUCAUCCCGCAUGAAGGCGGGGACGCGGAACAUCUACUACCUGUGCGCCCCCAACCGCCACCUGGCCGAGCACUCGCCCUACUUCGAGGCCAUGAAGAAGAAGGACAUGGAGGUGCUGUUCUGCUACGAGCAGUUCGACGAGCUGACCCUCCUCCACCUCCGAGAGUUUGACAAGAAGAAGCUGAUCUCCGUGGAGACGGACAUCGUGGUGGAUCAUUACAAGGAGGAGAAGUAUGAAGACAGCACGCCAGCUGCUGAGCGUCUGACUCAGGAGCAGGCCGACGACCUGAUGGCUUGGAUGAAGAACUCUCUGGGCCCCAAAAUCACCAACGUCAAGCUGACCCCUCGACUGGACACCCACCCGGCCAUGAUCACUGUGCUGGAGAUGGGAGCGGCGCGCCACUUCCUGCGCACCCAGCAGAUGGCUCGCACCCCGGAGGAGAGAGCGCAAAUCCUGCAGCCCACCCUGGAGAUCAACGCCGGACACCAGCUCAUCAAGAAGCUGCACAACCUGAAGGACUCGGACUCGGAGCUGGCCGGGCUGCUGCUGGAGCAGAUCUUCGACAACGCCAUGAUCACUGCCGGCCUGAACGAUGACCCGCGGCCCAUGAUCGCACGACUCAACGACCUGCUGACCAAAGCCUUGGGGAAGCACUGAGCCCCGACGUCCCACACACGGUUCAGUCCGACUCCACGGCUCGCUGCUGACAAACUGUUUAACGUCGGUCCGAGACAGCGAGCGACGCUGACUUCAGUUUUUCUGCCGUGACGCAGGUUGUAUAUUUAAUUUCCCCUCCAUUCCAGCUCCCCGGUACACAACAGACAACUACACAAGUUCUUCCAAAAUAUUUACUGCAUGGAAGUGACGGAGCUGUCGUGUCCAAGAAACUGCCUCGGGACAAAGCCGCAGAAGCUCCAGUGCCGCACGAUUCGAGUUCAUUGUGCCCCGCUGACCAUCAGUCAGUUGGGCGGCCGCUGCGCCCCCUGCUGGUCUCAGGCGGUCCUGGUCCGCAGCUGGUGACCAUCACUAGUGUCCAGGUGUUCCAGGGGAGGUCAGGAGAGCUUGUCUAUGUUGGCCAGGAAGCGCUGGGCCCACCACUCGUCCAAGUCGAUUGGUUGGAAAUCUGUCAAACAGACGUCAUAUAGUCAAGACGUUUGAAACGGAGCUGGCUAACGUCGCCCCCUGCUGGUGUUUUGAUGUCAGUGUCCUACUUGUGUCAUUAAAAAGAUUUUGUUCAAAUUUUCUCAAUCGCUUUUACUAUACAUACAUUUGUCUAGUAUUUGUUUGCUCUGCCAUAAUACUAUUUAUGUACCU